UGAAACUUAUUCGAAAGAGACAUUCGAUAUUGGUGCAUAUAGUUCUAGUUGGAGCUGUAUGUUUCUUGCGUAAACAUAACCAGCCUGCAAUGUCUACUCUGUCAAAAAUAGACGCCGUUGGCUGUAGAAAGUUGUUGAAUUUACUCUCCGAUGUUGAUUUAUUAGCACUUAAUGACACGGUUACUAACAAGAUGAUUGCUGUGGGAAGCACGAAAGAGGCAAUCGAGGCCAUUAUCACAUACUCACAGACUUCUGAAGAGCUCUUGAGGCGAAAAAAAGUUCACCGUGACAUAAUUUUCAAGUACCUAGCAAGCGAAGGUGUUGUAAUGCCAACGAACAGUGAAAAACAUCAACUGGUGAAGGCGACUCUUAAGUUGUGGUCUUCGGGCAAGGUUUCUCAGAAAUCACUUUGUGAAAACGACCGUAUAUCCAGUGAGGUCGCAGGAGAUGGUCUCUCUGAUGUUGUUACAUUGGGGAGGCAGUUUUCUCAGUGGUUCUUCCAACUUCUGAACAGCCAAAAUCCCACUUUUGGGCAACAACCACAGGAAUGGGGUCCCCAGCACUUCUGGGGGGACGUUCGACUUAGACUCCGGGCUAGCACAGAAGAAGAAAGCAAGGAGGAGUUCCUAGGAGCUGAGCUUGUGAGCUCACGCCUCCAAGCAUUAUCCCAGGGUGAGAAUCUCCUCUUUAGCCCCAACCUGGAGCCUAAUGGCCUAAGGACAAUAUCAUCUCCACAUGGUUUGGUGAUAGUGGCAGUAGCAGGCACCAUUCACAGGGACCAAGCCUGUCUUGGUAUUUUUGAACAGGUCUUUGGCCUUAUCCGCUCCCCACUGGACGAAAACAGUUGGAAGAUUAAAUUUACUGACUUGAAAAUAAGGGCACAAAACACUAUCAAAGGCACAGAGGAGCUGCUCUCACCUGCACUGACCUAUAGUUCAAGUGAACUACAGCUGCUCUGUAGGUAAAGACGACAGAGCUUCAUUUCAUGUGGAUGCAGCCUAAGUAAGCAUUUGUUAAAUGCUAUUGAGGCUGUGCCUCUUCUUGGGUAGCAUGCAUAUUGUGUAACAUGCGUUAUUGCACAACUCUUAGUCUAAAUGAUCAUCCAUAUUUAUUUAUGGAUUGUUUGGGAAAGUCUGCCCAAAUGCUUGUAUAAAUCCUAAUACUGAGGAUCUACCAAAUAUUGGCAAUUUGAUUAUGUGCCUUGUUUUGUCAUUUUGCAGAAUGGAGAGUAUAUUGUAUUCUAGUUCUAAUACAUUGCAAUGUAUGUUAACAGAUGUCUAAAAAAGCUGCUGGAGGACAACAUCUCUAUUAUCCCUAGCACGGCUAGGAGUAUGGGGAACAUUGCAAUGAGUCAUUGAGCUGUUUGUACAUAGUAGUUAAUAACCAACAUUUGUUUUGAUGGGAUUUCUUUGGAAGAUGUACUCCCUAAUUGAAAAUUAUAUUUCAAGCAUAUUUGACCUGAAAUUAAAAUAAUUUGUCCUUA